AUGGAGUCCAAGGCCGCAGAGUUGCUAGCAGCUUUCAAAAAUCCCAAUCUCUCCGUUGACGCCAAAGUUGCCCAUCUCACCGGCAUCAAGUCCGAUAUCAAACAGAAGAAUGUACCCGAAGGGGCUAUUGCAACAAUAUUCGAUACAAUCAGACUUGCGUUGAGUUCUCAACACUACUCCGUCGUCAGUGGGGCCUUUUCGACAUUGGGUCACUUCCUGAAGCGACUGGCAAUUCAAGAUCAACAACAGUGGAUCAUUUCACAGGCGCGCAACUUCUACCCAAUCCUCACAGAGAAGCUUGGCGAUCACAAGGAACGCAUUAGAGCACAGGCUGCAUCGAUAUUUACCGACUUGUGGCCCUUAGCUGGCCCCGAAGUAGAAUAUCAUGUUCUUGAGAUUGCCCUCGUGGGCAAAAACCCCAGAGCCAAGGAAAUGAGUCUUGUUUGGCUAUCAACUAUGACAAGAAAUCACGGUCUACUGUUUAAACAGUAUGUCCCUUCACUGGUCGCAUGCUUGGAAAGUGCCGACAGCGCUGUUCGAGAUACGGCCAAAGUGGUUGUAAUUGAAUUAUUUCGAACUGCUCCGUCCAGAGCCAAAUCCGAUCUACAGAAACAGCUGGGGGCUCGUGGCGUAAGAAAAUCAAUCGCAACUGCUAUUUUGACAGGAAUCGGACUCGCCUCUGCCGAGCCAGAGACCUCAGCGCGCCCUAUUUCUCGAGCCGAACGGCCCAUCUCCGUGAUGUCGUCACGUUCACACGCGGUGGACCGCCAUGAAGAUGGUCUGUUUGUCAACAACCCGCCCUCUCCAUCUUCCAACAAUGAUUCUAAUGACAACCCAGAACCGGAACCUAUUAAAAUUCGUCCAGCCUCGAGAAAUCACCUUGAUAGACCGAUUGCUUCGACUGAUGCCCCUGCUAGACCGAAAACACCCGUCGAAGCACCGCCUGCUCCGACUUCGGCCCAGGAAGAUGCUGGAGUCGAACCACUUCUUGUUAGCUCGAGCAGAGAUAUUGACGAUCUUGUUCGCGAUAUGAUUGGUUGGUUCGAUGGUAAAGAGUCUGAAGAUAACUGGUUGAAACGUGAGAAGAGUGUAAUUCUUUUCCGAAGACUAACUCGGGGAAAUGCGCCCCAUGAGUUUUCUCAAAGCUUUCUGCAGGCCACCAAAACUUUACUGGAUGGAUUCUUCAAAGUAGUGCACUCGUUGCGGACCACCCUCUGUACCAACGGCUGCCUGUUGAUCCAAGACAUCGCACGAACCUGCGGCCCGAAAAUCGACUCGAUGGUUGAAAUCAUAAUGCAGAACCUGAUCAAGCUGUGUUGUGCCUUGAAGAAGAUCGCGGCGCAGAACGGUAACGCGACAGUUGAUGCGGUCAUUGGGAGUGUGACAUUCAACAUUCGAAUUCUGCAACACAUACAUUGGGCCUCGCAGGAGAAGAAUGUCGGAUUGCGUCUUUUCGCUGCUGGGUGGCUGCGAACAUUGAUCAGCCGACAGGCUAACCAUAAGAGCACCGUUGAACAUGGUGGAGGUUUGGAUCUGAUUGAAAAGUCCAUUAAGAAGGGAUUAGCUGAUGCCAACCCGGGAGUACGCGAGGCUACAAGAGGUACCUUUUGGACUUUCUUUGGUGUGUGGCCUGAUCGGGCUAAUGGAAUUAUGUCUGAUUUGGAUGCCAAAUCACGGAAUCUUUUGGAAAAGGACUCGUCGAACCCAAAUACGAGUCAGCAGGCUGCUAAACCGAUUACCAAGGCUGCACCGCGUUCUGCCCUGAAGGAAGCUAUUGCUGCUCGUAAGAAGGCUCAGAUGACUUCUCGCCCGGAGUCUGCUCAGUCUGCAUUUACUGAUAGCCAGUUAUCAGAGCCUGCGCCCCGGCCGGCUAUGAGGACCGUCCCUACUGGUGCACCUCUUUCAUCCAUGUCCUCUGCACCCAUGAGGCCUGCUAUGAAACCCCGACGACCUGAAAUUAGUCGACCUGCGACCGCUGACCCGUAUGCUCGUCGACCUGAAUCCAGGUCCCAAACGACUAGACAGCCAACCAGUUCCCCACGAUCGGUGAGAUCCAAGACUGCGACUCCUUCAUCAAAACCCAUCAACGCACCUCGUCUUCGACCGCACGAUUCCGGACAGCCAGGCUCCACAGGCUCCUCAGGCUCCACUAGAGGCAAGCCUAAGAAGCUUGACCUCUCUAAAUCAAAGUCCCAUGGAGACCUCGCAGCAGCGGCAAGCCAUGGACGUAGUGGUUCCAAUGAGAGCAUUACCAACCAGUCUUCUGCUCACGCUCAUCAGGCUGACCAGAGUUCCUAUGAAGAACCCAACUCUCCCGCGCAAAUUGUGUUAGAGAGUCCUCCGCUUUCUGCGACUCACCCUCAACCCCACUACAACGAGCAAGUUGAUCAUCGUCGUACCAUUACUCCAGAACCCGUAAGAGAACCAGAGCCAGAGCCAGCGAUAGAGCUAGAGUCCGUGUCACUUGAAGACCCCCCAGCUUUGGCUUCUCCACGUCCUGAACCACAUGUGGCAACACCCCCGCGCAAUCCAGACAUAUUCGAUACCCCCGAGUCCGCUGCCAAGGCACAGCCCGACGAAAUGGUCAUAUAUGAGGACCCUACCACUCCUGUUGCUGUUGAGACUUCAACACCGCAGAUCAAUCCUGUUGAACAUUUUACCCCUACCAAGUCACCUCGCCGUGUCGUUGAGUCAGAUCUUGGGGAGGAGAUAGCAACUAGAGCCGUGGAUCCAGCUACUCCUCUCAAGAAUACACCCCGUGAAAUGACUCUUUGCCAAGGGUUCUCUACUGAUGAAACCACUGAUCCGCAGUUCCCAUCCCCAGUGCGGAGGACGCCACUCCGGGGAAGUCCUUCGCCAUCACGAAACCGACUUCAGGCGACACCAUUAGAAAACAUGGCAGGCAGAGACUCAAUCCUGGCACAUGAACCUACAACAAGUAGUCCCAAGAGGACUCCUACCGACGAGAAUGUGAUCGCGCACGUUGCGAAGCCCACUGAAUACCCCGGGACUCCACGGUCUGUAGCAAAGCCCGGUGCUCUGGAGGAGGUAUCCUUGAACGAAUCGACCCUGAGAACAUCGGAGAUGAGAUAUCGAUCUGUUGAGCCCAUGGCCCAAUCAACAAGCGAGGAAACCCUCCGCCGAAGUCGAAAAUGGGCCGAGCGGCAUCGCAGCCCAAGUCCUCGAUCGAAGGACCCUGCUAACGCAAGGGAGAUGCUCCCUAAGGCUCUCAGUCGAAUUGCCACGAAGACAAUGGACAUCUCGGGCUACCGCAAGCUACAGGGACUUUUUCAAUACCACGGCGAGGAGCUUGUAACUCACGAACAAGACUACUACGAAGUGCUUGGAGCUUUGCUCAAUGAGUUGGAGUUGGCCCCCACUAGCCGCAAGGACCAUGACGUGAAGACCCAGAUCUUGGCCACUAUCCGAUCCAUGCUCCUACGCACCAGUGAUCUAUUCCAUCGGUAUGACGCCCCUGUAAUUGCGGCAAUUGUCCGGGCCCGCCAGCACUACGAAUCGAACUCUCAUUUCGUAACAUGUUUGGAGGAAGUGGCAGAACAGUUGGCAGCCUUGGUCCCCGCGCCGACCUGCAUCCACGGUGUGCUUCAAGGAUUAGAGGGAGAUACACAGAGCGACAAGUCAUAUCGAUCAAUCAUCCUCGGUCUUUCCACAAUCCACCAAUCCCUCUCCCAAGGCCCUGUCGAGAUCUCCGACGAAGUCCUCGCCAGUGUUGGUGGUGUAGUCGGUCGCCAACUCGGCCACCCCUGGCCGGGCGUGCGCAAGCAAGCAACCGAACUGUGCACACUCCUGAAUCUGAAAUUCGGGCUGGACCGAGUUCAGAAGGUGACACCUCCUGCCGGGGAGGGAUCACUGAACUUGCUUACAUACUUUAUGGCCCGUCGGUCCCAAUAG